AUGCAGCUUCCACAGCUCCUCCAUCAACCCAUCCUACCCCGCAUCCACAACAAGCCCGUAAUCCGCUCGUACCCCACCGAUCCCUCCGUCGUCGGUGUAAGCUUCUCCCCCCCGUAUGCCUCCCCGCUCAAAGCGUUCAUCCACAACAACAAGCUCUACCGGUACUGUAACACCUCGCCCACCGGCGUCUGCAUCGGCUACUUUCAAAAGAACCACGGCGGCGCAACGAUGGGACUCCGGCUGCAGUUUUGGAGCCACGAAAAUUUUCCUGCUAGCAGUCCGUGCUGCUCCGUGGAGGGUAGCUGGAGUAUACAGGUGAUAAAUGGGAUGGGGUAUUUGUUGAGUAGUGGGUCUGAUACGUAUCAGAUGUGUGAGUAUGCGGGGGGGUAUUCGAUUGAGUCGGGUAGUCCGGGAGCAUGUGUUUAUGGGACAAAGAUUGAAGCCCUUUAUGACUUUUGA